UUGACGUAUCUAAAUUUCAAUUCGACGACAUACUCAUUCAGAAACAAAAAGAACUCGCGCCUCCAUUAUAUGUGAUGGGUGUAAGGGAUCAAAAAAAAAAUGUGAAGGCUGGAAUCAGAAUACACCCUGUAGAGCGUGUGAAGAAACUUGAUAGCACUGGCAUAUGCCCAGAAUGUAAAAAUAAAGAAAGCGAUUCAGAAAAUAUUCACAACCGUGAUUAUGCAACAUACCAACAAAUUAAAGCGUUGGAAGAGAGAGUCCGAGUGUUAGAAGUUAACCUUGAAAAAUUUCAAAUUUUAGAAGCUAAUCUUGAAAAAAUUCAAACUUUAGAAACUACUAUAAACCAACUGGUUAUUCAACAAUUUGAGAAAUCUCAAAAAG